AUGGAAGAAACCGCGAGGAAAUCAGCUGAUACUGUAUUAAGUGCGAAAUCGUCGCAAGAUAGUGGUGCUGAUGAUUUGGCGCGUCUUUUCAAUACGCCAGAGAUCGAGAAGGUGCUAAAUUCCGAUGUGGCAAUUAAUGCUUUGUUGAGUCGUUUAAAGCAGUCGCUGUUGACCUGCGAAGAGUUUAUGAAAUUUAUUAGGAAGAAAUACGUGUUUGAAGAAGAACACGUCCAAGAACUAUCUAAACAGUACAAGCAUUUUUUCAACGUUGACGGUUCUACCAAUUCGUCUUUGAAAAAGAUGAUUCAUGAAGUGUUGGGAUUUGAUGGGAAGAUGGCCCAGGUGAAGCAAAGCUACAUCACUGCCUUACAGAAGAUGUACUCGGAGAUCAAUAGUCUCUUAUUAACAAUGACUAAACUGAGGAAAACAGUAAAGGAAAACAGCAAAAGGUUAGAAAAGGAUGUCUCUGAUGCUAUACAUAGCGCAGAAAAGGCUCAGUCUCGCUACAAUUCGUUAUGUCAGGAUUGGGACAAACUAAGAAUGACAGACCCUACAAAGACAAAGUUGACCCUGAGGGGUUCUAAGACCACGAAAGAGCAAGAAGAAGAAUUGUUAAGGAAAAUUGAUAAUGCCGAUCUGGAAUAUAAGCAAAAGGUAGACCAUUCUAACUCCCUAAGAAACACGUUUAUAACGAAGGAGAGACCGAGAAUUGUUCAAGAACUGAAAGAUUUAAUCUUGGAGGUCGACACAGCGAUGACCAUCCAAUUACAGAAAUACACGAUAUGGACAGAAAAUCUGGUUCUAAAUACAGGUGUUACAAUAAGCCCAUUAGACUCCACCAAGUCCAUGAAAUCAUUUGCCCGGUCUGUUUCGAACGAACGUGAUCUUUACAGUUUCUUGAACAAAUAUAAUCAAACUGGGAAACAUUCCCUAUUGAUUAACAAAAACUUGAUCCCUGUAUCUUAUAAAAAGCAUCCAUCAAUGAACCAUGGCCAGAAAACUAAGGGUCCUCCAAAAUUUGCCGUAGAUCCCUCCAGGAAUUCUAUCCCGAAAAGAAUGAUAUCUACCCACAAUGACUCACCAUUUUUGAGCAGUAAUAAUAAUGCCAAUGCCGCAAAUCCUAACAGUAUGACGCCGUCUUUUAAUACCAACAAACAACUGCCACCUACUAUGACCCCAUCCCUCUCGUCCGCUAACACCGCUAUGUCACCGUCUUCUUCCAUUAUAACAAGCGACACUACAUCAUCUAUAACAAAGACCUUGGACCCUGGCAACAAGAGUCCACAGAUCCCGGAAGAGCUAAUUAACUCUCUAGAUUCAGAUCGUCCAAUUUCUCAUAUUCAAACGAAUAACAAUAUGCCACCCGGUGUCCAAAAAAACUUUAAAACAUUUGGUGUGCCGCUAGAGUCACUGAUAGAAUUCGAGCAAGAUAUGGUUCCCGCGAUAGUGCGUCAGUGUAUCUACGUCAUCGAUAAAUUCGGUCUUGAUCAAGAAGGCAUCUAUAGAAAGUCAGCGAAUGUACUGGAUGUCAGUAAGAUAAAGGAAGAAAUCGAUAAGGAUCCUGCUAAUAUCUCUAUGAUCUUACCGUCAAAGCCGCAUUCAGACUCGGAUAUAUAUUUGGUAGGAUCAUUGCUAAAGACAUUUUUCGCAUCAUUGCCUGACAGUGUAUUACCAAAGGCAUUAUCUUCAGAGAUUAAAGUUUCUUUACAAAUUGAAGAUCCGACGACAAGAAAAAAUUACAUGCAUGGGCUAAUAUAUAAUCUGCCGGAUGCACAAUACUGGACGUUAAGGGCCCUGGUCUUUCAUUUGAAAAGAGUUUUAGCACAUGAAGCUCGAAAUAGAAUGAACUUAAGGGCCCUUUGUAUAAUUUGGGGCCCCACAAUCGCGCCUGCAAAUCUAGAUGAUGCUAAUGAUGUCAAUUUUCAAAUAAUGGCAAUGGAAGUGUUAUUGGAAGUUUCGGAUCAAGCUUUCGAACCUGAAUGA